CCGCUAGGUGGCAAUAUUGUGCUUUCCAAAGCUGUGCUCUUGAACCAUGAGGAAGUGAAUGGUCUUGUAAAAGUACACUCCUGUCAAGAUGGCACCGAGUGGUUUGAAAGCGGUAGUUGGCGACAAAAUCUUGAAUGGGGUCAUAAAGAGUGUAAAGAAAGACGGAGAAUGGAAGGUUUUAAUUGUGGACCACAUGACCAUGAGAAUUCUGUCCUCAUGUUGCAAGAUGUCAGACAUUUUGGCCGAGGGUGUGACCAUUGUGGAGGACAUCAACAAACGCAGGGAACCAAUCUCAAGUUUGGAGGCCAUUUAUUUGAUUACACCAGUGGAGAAGUCAGUUCGUGCUCUAAUCAACGACUUUAAAGAUGCAGCAUUUACUUACAGAGCAGCUCACAUCUUUUUCACUGACACCUGUCCUGAUGGUCUCUUUGCUGAGAUUGGGAAAUCCAGAGUAGCUAAGGUUGCUAAGACUUUAAAAGAGAUUAACGUUGCAUUCCUGCCCUAUGAGUCUCAGGUUUUCUCCCUGGAUGAUCCAGAAUCUUUGUCCUCAUUCUACAGCUCAGAAAAAAGCAAUGAUAGAAACAAAAUGAUGGAAACUGUUGCAGAACAAAUUGCAACAUUGUGUGACACACUUAAUGAGUACCCUGCAGUCAGAUACCGCAAGGGACCAGAAGAAAAUGCUAAAUUGGCUAAUGAGAUAUAUGCACGCCUUGAUGCUCACAAAGCAGAUAACCCGAAAAUGGGAGAGGGUCCAGAUAAGGCUCGAUCUCAAUUGCUGAUUGUUGAUCGUGGGUUUGAUCCCAUCUCACCUGUUCUGCAUGAGCUGACCUUCCAAGCAAUGGCUUACGACUCGCUAGAUAUCAAACAAGACAUCUAUACUUAUCAGUCUACCGGAAUUGGGAAUUCCAAACCGAAAGAAGUUUUACUGGAUGAAGAUGAUGAGCUCUGGGUUCAGCUUCGACAUAUGCACAUUGCAGAUGUAACAAAGAAAGUGACAGAACUGCUCCGAACAUUUUGUGAAAGCAAGCGAAUGAGUACUGAUAAUGCCAAUAUAAAAGAUCUUUCUCAGAUGCUAAAGAAGAUGCCACAGUACCAAAAGGAGCUCAGCAUGUACUCUACUCAUCUGCACCUUGCUGAAGCCUGUAUGCAGAAAUUCAAAGCCUCUCUUGAUAAACUCUGUGAAGUGGAGCAGGACUUGGCAAUGGGAGCAGAUGCAGAGGGGGAACCUCUAAAAGAUGCUAUGAAGAGCAUCGUUCCUGUUCUGCUCAACAGUGACAUUGGAGCCUAUGACAAAAUCCGCAUCAUACUGCUGUAUAUUUUCCACAAGAAAAAAGGCAUUGGGGAGGAGAACCUUACCAAGCUCAUCCAGCAUGCAAAUAUAGCAGAGGACAGCAAAAUUAUCUACAACAUGCAAAACCUUGGCUGUAACAUUAUCGCUGGGGGCCGCAAUGCUGCCAACGUGCUGCCAGAACGCAAGGAGCGUCUGGAGAGUACAUACCAACUCUCUAGAUGGACACCCAUCAUUAAGGACAUCAUGGAGAAUGCUAUAGAAGACAAGCUGGACAGGAAGCAGUGGCCAUUCAUCGCUAAUCCAGCACCAAUCAACACAACCCAGACUGCAGUCAGUAGUGCCCGUUUUGGAAACUGGCACAAAAAUAAGUCUCCAACAGAAUAUCGCUCCGGCCCUCGCUUGAUUGUUUUUAUGAUUGGAGGAGUGUCUCACUCAGAGAUGCGCUCUGCUUAUGAAGUCACUCGAAGCACUGAAGGAAAAUGGGAAGUGCUUAUUGGGUCCUCUCACAUCCUGACUCCAAACACCUUCCUUGAUGACUUAAAGGGUCUGAACUAAGUUUCCUAUUUCAGAUGUUAGUCCUUGAGCAGGGUUUUUCAUUUGACUGGUUGCUGGUAAUCUGUCUGUAAUUCUUCAAUAACUUAAUUUGAAUAUGAAGGUACCUUUUAGAUUUCACCAUGGAAGGAAACAACCUGUUCUAUAACGCUUAUUUUAUUUUUGAUGGGAUUUUUUCCCAUUCAUUAGAUUUCUAUGUUCUUUGAUUAAAAAUAUGAUAUAUUUAUAUAGAUAUUUGAGGUAUUUUGAUCAACCUUUUAUCAGCCAAAAUCGGUUUGAUUUGUCAAGAAAUGUACUCCUAUAUUAAAUGGUGUAUUUAGAGGAAAUGUAACUUAAUGGCAUUGCAAUUAAAUUAAAAGAAUAUAUUGGUUUGAAGCAUGGAUGAAGACUUAGUAAAUAUUUUCUCAAAGGAUUUUUUUUUUUUUUAUGUGUAGGAAACUAACUUGGAGAGUCUCAACUGCUGUAAUGAAAUAUUGAACAACUUAAUAUAUAUCGCUGGAAACUUG